AUGUUUAUCGACACAGCAGCAGCAGAAGGUCGGGUUACAAUGACAGUCGAAGGCACAGAUAACCAAAUCUAUAAAAUCAAAUAUACCCGUUCACAUAGUGUGUCUAGUGCUAGUGCCUUUAGUAUUACAGGGGGAGAAGGUGAAGGACUUUCACACGCCCUUCCUAACAUCAAGGUAUUAGGUACUGGGGGUACUAUAGCCUCUAAAGGAGCUUCGUCUCAUCAAACAGCCGGUUAUGAAGUUGAUUUGACCAUUGAAGAUCUUAUUCAACUGAUUCCUGAUCUUUCAACUACUUGUAACUUACAAUAUGAACAAGUUAUGAACUUGGAUCUGAAGGAAAUGGGUGAUGAAGAAGUUCUUUCACUUUAUCAUAAGAUAGUGGAGGAUUUACCUCAUUAUGAUGGGUUUGUCAUAACCCACGGAACUGACACCAUGGAAGAGACAGCCUUCUUUCUUCAAAUGACUAUUAAUACUUAUAAACCAAUAGUAUUGUGUGGAUCCAUGAGACCUUCCACUGCGAUUUCUUCUGAUGGUCCCAUGAACUUGUAUCAAGCCAUAGCCAUCGCUGCUUCUCAACAAAGCAGAAAUAGAGGUGUUUUGGUGGCUUUGAACGAUAGAAUAGGAUCUGGGUUUUAUAUCACCAAAUCCAAUGCUAACUCCUUAGACACCUUCAAGAGUAAUGGUCAAGGAUAUGUUGGUAAUUUUGUUAACAAUGAAAUCCACUACUAUUGGCCUGCUUCUAAGCCAUUAGGGGUGAUGUACUUCAAUUUGGAGUCAGUCCAAGCUCCUAUCCAAACUUUACCCAAGGUUUGUAUUAUUUAUGCUCACCAGGGGUUUGACAACGAAUUAAUAGAUGUCUUGGUAACCCAAUUCAAUGCCAAGGGGAUGGUAUUGGCUACUAUGGGUGCUGGGUCCAUGAAUCAAACUACCAACGAAAGAUUGUAUCACGUGACCAAAAAUAAUAAGAUUCCAAUCAUCUAUUCUAAAAGAUCAAUGGACGGUAUGGUACCUACUGGUUCAUUACCAAAGAUCCAAGGGUUUGAUAAUGCCAUUGCUAGCGGCUAUUUGAAUCCGCAGAAAUCAAGAAUCUUGCUACAAUUAUGUUUGCUUAAUGGGUAUUCUGUGUCUGAGAUCAAGGGCAUAUUUCAAGGUGUAUACGGUGGAUAA